CCCCUGUGCACCGCAAGGCUCAGCAACAAGUCACAACCGGUCUGCAGAAUUUCCCGUUGCACGGUAAUGAUCUGCGCUCGUGCCCUCGAAGAGCGAGUCAUCUCGGGUUUUUGCGAUCGUUUGAUGUUUAUAUGCGAUAAUCAGAUGUGAAUGUACACGCGGACCUGAUGGAGAAACGCAUCAGCUGUGUUUGUCAUGCAAUCUCGGUUUGAAGAUAAUGAUGACGUCGCUCAUUGAUCAGGGUGAGGACAUGGGCCUGGUGACCCCGAUGGAGCUGAUGGACCCUCAGAAGGACGACGACCCCCAGUGUCCCGACCACUUCAGACAGAGCCUCAUGCUUCAGCUCAUUGAUGAUCUGUCUUAUGAGGAUGUGAAGAAAUGCUACCGGGGUUCAACUGUCAGCAAAUACAACUCCCAGUACCACAAACUCUUCUCGGCCGUCCCGAAGGAGGAGAUCCUCAUGAAGGUUUAUUCCUGUGCUCUUCUGAGGGAUAUUCUGCUGCAAGGACGGCUUUACAUUUCUCGAAACUGGCUUUGUUUCUACGCAAACCUUUUCGGGAAGGAUAUCAAGGUUGCCAUCCCGGUGGUGUCUGUGCGACUGGUGAAGAAACACAAAACGGCCGGCCUGGUGCCAAACGGACUGGCCAUCACCACCGACUCCAGCCAGAAGUAUGUGUUUGUGUCUCUGCUGUCGCGGGACAGUGUGUACGACGUGCUGAGGAGGAUCUGCACACACCUUCAGGUCAACGGGAAGAAGAGUCUGAGUCUGAAGCAGUUUCUGGAGGAGCCUGGCUCUCUGUCGAUGUCCACGGUCUCAUGUGAGAUGAAUGGUGUGCAGGAUGAGUUCCCGGUGUCCACUGAUUUCACGCCGGUGUUGAAGUGGCGCAGGAAGCCGCCGGCUCCAUCCGUCUCUUCAUCGCUGCCGGAUCUGCUGGGAAACUCCACGAGCAGCCUGAGCGCCGGAGACGCAGUGUACACCGCAGAGACGCCGCUGGAGGGUAGAACACACACACAGCUCGCAGAUACAGAACUAGAUCAUUCUAGACAGAGACGGCUGGAGGCCGAGAAGAUCCUGCUGACUGAACCCGUGUCUGAACUGGGUCACAUGGAGUAUCAUCUGCUCAAGUUCUUCAUUCUGCUCAUCAUUUUGCUCAUCAUGUCAUCGUGUUAUCUGGCGUUUCGCGUCUGCAGUCUGGAGCAACAGCUGUCUUUCCUCAACACACAGCCGGCGAUGAGCACGAGAGAGAGGUAACCCUGGUUUAACCCCGUGCCAACCGGCUUUGCCUCCAGGAGAGCAGUGUCUGCAGACGACUAAACCAGCUCAGUCACAGGUACAGCACUAGUCAAGAAGUAGUUAGCUAACUGACCAGCAGAGGACGACGAGUGACCAGAAGAUUCCCGACAACAGGAAUAUUAGCCAGGCUUCACCUAACAGCUCCGCAUCUAGGAUAUCUCCAGGACUCAGGACUGAUCAGGAUUACGCUGGCGACUGUUACGAGCAACGGUUUGCUGUUGUUGAACCCAAACGUCAGGAGACUCGAGACGGCCGCAUAGUUUCACUUUUUUAACUCUUUCUAUGUUUGUCUCUUGUUUUUUUCUAAUAAAUGACCUGAAAUGUGCAUGUUUACCAGUGUUUAGCGCACUGCAAAAUAAAUUAUAAUGAGUAUUUUGUCUUUUGUUCAUAUUUUAAAAUCUAUGUUUUUUUUAUAUUUUAAUAAAUCACAAAAUAAGUAUAAUUUUUUUAAAUAUUUACAUUGUUUAUACAUUUAUACUUAAUUGGUGAUUUGUUGAUAUAUUAAAAAAAUUAAUUGUAAUAUAUAAUUUCUAAAUAAUUAUAAAUUAUAUAUAUAUAUAUGUAAUGUAAUGUAUUAUUUCAUAUAAAUUUUAUUUUCUAAAUGUGUAUAAAUUAAAUGUUGUAAUACGUAAUUUUACUGAAUUACAUAAAAACAGCAGUAAUAAUAAAAUAUUUCCAUUUUAAAUAAAUGCUGUUCUUUUUUACUUUUAAUUAGUGCUGUCAAACGAUUAAUCGCGAUUAAUCGCAUACAAAAUAAAAGUUUUGCAUGUAUAUAUUUAAGAAAAAUAUGUUGUUUAUAUACUAUAUACAUGUAAAUAUUUUCAAAAUAUACACAUGUGUGUGUAUUUAUGUUCUACAUAAUAAAUAUACACAGUAAACACAUAUAUUAUGUAAACAAAACCUUUUAUUUUGGAUGCGAUUAAUCGCGAUUAAUCGUUUGACCGCAUUACUUUAUAUUCAUCAAAGACUCCUGAAAAAUUCUACUUUGAUCACAGUAAUAUAUUAUAUUUUUAAGUAUAUUGAAAUAGAAAAAAGCUUUUUUAAAUUGCAAUAAUAUUUCUCAAUAUUACUUUUUUUCUGUAUUUUUGAUCAAAUAAAUGCAGCCUUGGUGAGCAUAAGAAACUUCUUUAAAAAGAACGUAAAAAAUUCCACUGACACCAUACAGGAUUACAUUUGAGAAAAGGAGAAAUUCUCUGAAAACAUAUCUUAAUAUCUGUAAUUUGAUCUGGUUUUAUACUGGAAAACAAGACAAAAUACUGAUUAUGAAAUGAUUUUUGCAGUGUAGAACAGAUGAGAUGUUCUUGGUUUUCUUGUAAAAAGAAAAAAGUAAGAAAGGCAGUGAUUGUUUGAUUAUUUCACACACAUUUCACUCACAGCAUUUCAAGUCAUGUCAUAAUCGAUCACGAAUAACAGAGUGAAGGUCAAAGUCAAGUCAGUCUGAGAGUGUUUGUUUGUCGUCGAUUGAGGGAUGAAGGAUUUGUGUUACAGUUUGGAUGUGAAGAAAGCCUGUCACCUAACGUUUGCCUGUAAUCAUUAAUCUUCUUUAUUUGUGAUGUAUUAAAGUGCAUUAUUGGAGGCAUCUGUAGGUUGUAACGUACUGUAAUCCACUCUUGCAUUAGAACAUGAUGUAGGAAAUCGAUAUUUAAUAUUGUUUAGGUUUGCUGUAAAUUAGAGAUUCGGUAUGUUGUGAUGCUUUGUACAGAUUGAAUGUCAAAAGUUAUUGUCAUGCUCAUGAUUUAGGCCACGCUGUAGAAAUUGUAGAUGUUUUGUAACUUUCUGACAUGAAAGAUGAGAGGUAGAAAGUCAAACGAAUAAAAACUUUCAUCAGA